AUGGCUGUGGUAAAAGAGCACAUGUGUCAUUGUGCAUUUCAGGAAAGUCAUAUUAAUGUUUCCUUAAGUGUUGCAUCAAAUGAGCCCAUAAGUGAUGAUGUCCCUGUGAAAAGAGGUUUAAAACCUUUCAGGUGCCAGCCUUGGCUCUGUUUUCUCUGCCCAUUCAUUAACCACUGCCCUUUGUAUGCCGGUGUCUCUGAGGUGUCUCUAGGGGAAAGAUGGGUAAGAGACCGCUUUGCUGAGACCAUUCUUUCUUAUGGUGCCUCCUUCCAAACCACAGUUCGGUUAUCUGCCCAGACUACCUCUCAUGGCUUGUGUUCCAUUGGCUGGGCCCGCCGGGAAUCAGAGUUGGGGUAG